AUGGAGCCAGAUUUGGGCGAGAAAAUGCUGGCGGAGAGCCGAGAACAGGUCAAAGCCCUGUUCGCCGAAGACCCGGAUCUGAAGGCCUGGGCUAUAAGUUACCCGGGUAAGGGUUACUCGUCCCGUUGGGCCGCGUCUUCGCGACAUCCGCCACCCUCUGCCAAGACCUACGACGUUGCCGUCGACGACAUUUGGCAAGGAGUCGAUGGCCUGUUUACCACACCAGCGACGCUCCACAACUCCCACUUCUGGCGGACGCACCUCGACGCCCUCUGGUUUGAGCUAGGGGGGGUUGAUGAUGUGCCAGGGAGGUGGGAGGACAGAAUCGGAGGUGCGCCACUACCUCCUGACUCCGCUGUUGAAGAGGGUGGCGCACGCGUCGUCUAUGACGCUGACCCCUGA